AUGUUCAACGGUGGCCUCGACUUCGGAGGCAUUACCCGCCAGCCGGUGUUGCUAGGCACCUUCGCCCUCGCCAUUCCGGCCUGGGUCAUUGCAUUCGCAGGACAGUGUGCUGCUGAGGCUCAUCACAGGGGCGGCGGCACUGCUGUCGGCACUGUCUGGUUCGGCAUCUGGGUCCAACUUUUUGUCAUCGUCUUCUUCCUCCUCGCCGCUCUCAGCGACGGAGUGGUUCACUACCGCUUGCAGCUUUCCAUCUUCGGCGCCAUCAGCCUGGUCUAUGCUGUCACUGGCACUAACGGUGGUAUCUACAGCAAGGAUGGAAGCUACAUUGCCAUGGCCGUCGGCUGGCUCAUUCUGGCCAUCGUCGACAUGAUCUGGCUCUUUUACCUGACUUCGGAGGACGGCACGUUCCUCGGCGACAUCCUGGGUAGCAACUGGGGUGGUAGCGGUUACGGAGGUGCUCGCCGCUCUGCGCAGAUGAACGACAUGGGCGGCUACGGAGCGGAGUCUGUCGGCCUUAGGAACGGCGCCGCCGACCGCGGGAUGGUUAGCCAGGACCUCGGCACCGCGAACGGACGGUACAUGAUGGACAACGGCUACUCGUCGCCCAUGAACGGCAUGGCCCCCUCGCCGCAGAAGGCCCCGCAGAUGAGCGCUGCCGCGCCCGUCCGCGAGGUCAUGGACUCGCACAGCGUCUCUGGCCAGUCGGCCCAGUCCGGACCUGGUGGCGAACCCCAGUUCAGGCAUAAGGCGAGGGCGAACUAUGCCUACUCCGCCUCGCCGGAUGACCCUAACGAGGUGUCAUUCGCCAAGGGCGAUGUCCUCGACGUUGUGGACACGACUGGAAAAUGGUACCAGGUCCGCACUCCUGCUGGACAAGUUGGAAUCGCUCCUUCCAACUACCUCACGCUGCUGUGA